AUGGAGUCCCAAGAGAUUUAUAUGCGACAUUCCUCUAAACACGACGACGAUGGUCGCUUGAAACGAAGAGGAACAUGGGUCACUGCGUGUGCACACAUUGUGACGGCUGUUAUUGGGUCUGGGGUUUUGUCGCUGGCGUGGGCCGUUUCGCAGUUGGGCUGGAUUGCUGGGCCUCUCGCUCUGCUAAUGUUCUCUGUCAUCACUCUCUUCACUUCUUUUCUGCUCAGCGAUUGUUAUAGGUACCCUGACUCUGUUCAUGGAACCAGAAACAUCACCUAUAUGACCAUGGUCAAAAAUAUUCUAGGAGGAAGGCAAUACCAUUUAUGUGGACUAGCUCAGUUCGCAAAUCUUAUUGGAUCAACCAUUGGAUACACCAUCACUGCAUCCAUUAGCAUGGUGGCCAUCAAAAGAGCGAGUUGCUUUCACAAGUAUGGGCAUGAAGCGAAGUGCCAUGUUUCAAAUUACGCGUAUAUGUCCAUCUUUGGGGCCAUAGAGAUUAUCUUAAGCCAAAUCCCUGAUUUCAAUGAACUUACAGGCCUCUCUUUUAUUGCUUCCAUCAUGUCUUUCGGUUAUUCUUCCAUUGGCAUUGGUCUCUCCAUAGCCAGAAUUGCAGGGAUGGUGGUUGGAGAAGACGUGACAAGCCAAGAGAAGAUAUGGAAUAGUUUCCAAGCAAUUGGAAACAUUGCUUUUGCAUAUUCCUUCAGUCAAGACACAUUAAAAUCCAGCCCACCAGAAAAUGGAUCCAUGAAGAAGGCAAGCGUGACUGGAAUCACCAUCACCACAUUCUUUUACAUGCUAUGUGGCCUUCUGGGCUAUGCAGCAUUCGGGAACAAGGCACCCGGAAACUUCUUAACAGGAUUUGGUUUUUAUGAACCAUAUUGGCUUGUUGACAUUGGUAAUGUCUUCAUAGUUGUUCAUUUAGUAGGCGCCUACCAGGUAUUUACACAACCAGUUUUUAUGCUUGUGGAAAGUUGGUGUGCGGGGCGUUGGCCUGAAAGCAGAAUCAUGGCAAAAGAAUAUGGUGUGGACAUUCCAUUGGUUGGCACAUACAGAGUCAAUGCAUUCAGGGUGUUAUGGAGGACAGUUUAUGUGAUAUUCACAGUGGUGGUUGCUAUGUUACUGCCAUUCUUCAAUAGCAUUGUCGGGUUGCUCGGAGCUAUUGCCUUCUGGCCAUUGAGCGUCUACUUUCCAACAGAGAUGUACCUGGUUCGGGCCAAAGUCCCCAAGUUCUCUAUGGUUUGGAUUGGGGUCAAAUUGCUAAGUGCCUUCUGCUUGAUUGUCACUCUUGUUGCUGCAGUUGGAUCAAUCGAAGGAAUUGUUGCAGACCUUAAAACCUAUAAGCCCUUCCAGUAG